AUGGCAGAACAACACGCACACCACCUGAAUCUCACGACAUCGAAAACCGGCACAUUCUACUUCGCCUUUGGCUCUAACCUCUCGCCGUCUCAGAUGUCCCUACGCCUCAACCACGCGCCAAGCUCCAGUGUCCCCGUCGCCAUCGCACGGCUCGAUUCACAUGCGUGGAUCAUCUGCGAGCGGGGCUACGCGAACGUGGUCUCACUACCACCAUCCAACGCUGCCUCGGACGGAAACACCGUUUGGGGCGUCGUGUACAACAUGAGCCCCGAGGACGAGGCGAGGCUAGAUCUCUACGAAGGACACGACGAGGCAAGGAAUCCCGACGCGCAGCUUAACCCGGACCCGGCGAGCCAGAAGUGGAAGCCUUAUCUCCAGGGCGGUUGGGAUUAUAAUAAGCACUAUCUACCGAUGACGGUGACCAAGUGGCUGAUGGAUCCGAGCGAGUAUGGUGUUGAAGUGCCAGGAUGGUCGGAUGGCUCACCUUCUUCACGACAGCAAACUACGAUCCGCGCCUUGGUAUAUGUCGAUGAGUACCGGACACGGCCGGGCGCAAUCAAGCAUGAGUACGUGGGCCGGAUGAACCGCGGCAUUGCAGAGAGCGUGGCGCUGGGGAUUCCUGAAGGUUGGGUAAAAAGUGUGCUGAGGAAGUUCAUCCCCUCGGGAGUCUUCGUUGACGAGGAAGGAUAUGUGGGAACGCCGGAUGGCUAUGUUGAAGGGAAGGAUGUCGACUGGGUCGGUCACAAGGUAGAGGCAGAGGCCACUGAGGCUGGCGAUCAUGUUAAAGAGCGUAAUGUGAGGGAGCAAGCGGGUUGA